AUGGAUCUAGCAUACGACCAUAUCGUCGAACAGGCUUACAAUCCAGCCGACCGCGCAGCCACGCCGACUCCAGGCGACAAAGCGCCGACUGACCCGACGGAUGCAGCGACACCGAAACCACCAAGCUCUCCGAGGCAGAGCCUGCAGUCCGAGUUCCAAGAGACCUUCAAGGCAUUCUCCAAUUCCCCGUGGGGCGCAAAAUUAGGAGGCUUCUGGGGCAAUGUCAGGAAGCAGGGCGAGAGUCUGUACGAGGAGGCGAAGAAGGAGGCAGUCGACAUAGGCAAAGACAUGGAAGCCUUGCGGUUGAAGGGUGCUAAGGGGCUCGGGUUCGGCGCCGAGCAGGAGCGAGCACAAUCGACGGCGGAGAAAGCUGAAGGAUCUCCAGCGACUGGCGAUACUGGCGCAGAAAACAAGGACCUGCAGGAAACCGACACGUUUCUUGCCCGGUUCAAGGCUGAAGCCGCAAAGAGACUGAAGGAAGUCCAAAAGGCCGAAGAUGCCGCGGAUGAGGCCCUCCUCAGGUUCGGGACCAAUAUUCGGAACUUCCUGCAAGACGCCGUUUCCGUGACUGCACCGGAUGAGGAGGAGGCCCGGAAUGGUCAGCCCGGCGAGGUGCUCUUCGAGAGCAAGGACGGCUCAUCGGGAAAGAGGGUCAUCCACACGAGCAGAUUCGAUGCGCAACUUCACGUCAUCCACACGACGUUGACGAGCUUUACGCAAGACCCCAGCGGAGCGGGCAAUCAGUGGGACGAUUUCAAGGCCGGGUUUGAUAUCGACAAGAUGACCACUCGCAUCGCCGAGGAUCUGGACAAGUACGCCGAGUUGAGACGUUCGAUGGAGAAGCUGGUGCCCGAAAAGGUAGAGUACAAGGAUUUCUGGACGCGGUACUAUUUCCUGAGACAUGUCGUUGAGACGCAGGAAGAGAAGAGAAAAGAGUUACUCAGAGCGUCGGCCAACGACACCGAAGAAGUCGGCUGGGACGAGGACAGCGACGACGAACAAGAAAAACCAUCCACUUCGUCUCAACAAAAGGAAGCAGUGCCCAAGGUGUUGGUCGCUCAAAACACAAACGACUCGUCAACCACCAUCCACCAAACUCCACCGCCGCCGGCCGACUCCUCCGCCCUCCGACCCAGCCGCCGGUCCCACGACGAGAAGUCCGUGGCAGACAGUGACGCAAGCUACGACCUCGUCAGCGGCGCCACCAGUCGCGCACCCGGAAGCCCCAAGGACGAAGUGGGCAAGUCGUCGACCAAGACCGACGAGAGCGACGAAGAGGACUGGGAGUGA